AUGGGUUCAUCGCUUCCAUAUGCUUUUAUUACUGUAUCAGUUUUGUUAUUUACACAACUCUGGCCUACAGUGACAGCUACAAGUGCCUGUUCAACCUGCACACAAACAAGUCCAACGCUUACCAUUGAUACGACAAGCUCUGGAUCAACUCCGUUUGAUAGCGAUGUUAUGGGAACGGAUGGAAAUGGAUGUGUGACAAGAACGCUAACUUGUACAUCAACAGUUGUUGGGUAUCCUGCGGAUAUUUCGGUGAAUCUU